UCCCCACAAUAAUUUCUUUCCUCCAUUUAGGAAAAAAAAAAAACCUUCCCCCAAAUUUUCCCCAAUUCUCAAACCCUAAUCGAUCUGAUCUCAAAUCAACCUAUCAAAAUCGAGUCCAAUGGGGUUCGAUAACGAGGCGAGCUCCUCCAAUUACUCCCUCCCGACCGCAACCUCCCCCUCCGCCGUCCCUCUCCUCGAAAAAUCGCACCUUUCCUCUCAACCCAAGACCUUCGCCAACGUCUUCAUCUCCAUCGUCGGCGCCGGGGUCCUGUUACGCGCGCACCGGCUGGCCACCGGCAUCCUCAUGCUCCUCCUCGUCGGAACUCUAACUUUCCACUGCAUGCUCCUCCUCGUCCGCAUACGCCGCCGACGCCUCGAACGUGACCUCCCCUUCUCAAAGAUCGCAUCUUUCGGCGAUCUCGGCUUCGCCGUCGCGGCCCCUCCGGCGCGCAACCCCCUCGGCCGCAACUCCGUAGACGCCAUGAUCGUCCUCUCUCAGGCCGGGUUCUGCGUUGGGUACCUGAUCUUUAUCUCGAACACGCUUGCCCAUCUCUUCAAAAUCCAACCUUUGUCCCUCUUGACCCCAAAGUCGAUCUAUAUUUGGUCCAUGGUACCUUUCCAAUUGGGCCUCAAUUCGAUCAAAUCCCUAACCCACCUCGCCCCGCUAAGCAUCUUCGCGGACAUCGUCGACAUCGGGGCGAUGGGCGUUGUAAUGGGCGAAGAUUUCACCAUCUUUCUCGAUCGUAAUCCUCACACUGAAGCGUUUAAUGGAUUCUCUCCAGUGCUUUAUGGGCUCGGCGUCGCUGUCUUCGCCUUCGAAGGGAUUGGAAUGGUUCUUCCUCUUGAGCAAGAAGCGCAGAGCAAAGAGAAAUUUGGGUUUACUCUUGGUAUCUCGAUGGGGGUUAUAUCGAUAAGCUAUGCUCUCUUCGGAGCUCUCGGGUAUUUGGCAUUUGGAGAAGAUACAAGGGAUAUAAUCACUACGAACUUUGGGAGUGGAGUGGUUACUAUCAUAGUUCAGUUGGGUCUCUGUGUAAACCUGUUCUUUACAUUCCCUAUAAUGAUGCACCCCGUGUUCGAGGUCGCAGAGAGAUGGGUGUGUGAGAAGAGAUACUGCUGGUGGCUGAGAUGGUUGCUUGUUUUGGCGGUGAGCUUGGUGGCGAUGUUCGUGCCUAAUUUCGCCGACUUCUUAUCGCUCGUUGGGAGCAGCGUUUGCUGUAUGCUCGGGUUUGUGCUGCCCGCGUUGUUUCAUUUGAAGGUGUUUGGGUCUGAGAUGACUUGGGUUGAGGCGGCGGCGGAUAUUGCGAUUGUUCUCGUCGGGGCCGUCGUUGCUGUUUCGGGCACUUGGUCCUCUCUGCAAGAGAUUUUCUUUUCUUCCAUGGUUUGAUUUGGUUUAUGAGGCCCUGCACUGAGGAUCUGGGUUUGUAAUAGUAUAGUAUGUGGGUCUCUGUCUCUGUAUUUGGUUGGAGAGGAGAAGACCUUAGUUGUUAAGGGAUGUUAUAGAUUAAGAUUAUUCGAUUAUAAUAAGGAUGCUGAUUAAUAAUCAUGAUGGUCUUAGUGUGCAUUGGAGAAUGAAGAAUUGGGCAUCUCGUCCAAUUGGUCUUAGUGUGUAUUUUUCCAUGAGAAAUUUUGUGAAGUCUGAACAAUGUUGUGUCCACUUGAUGAUGUUAUGGCUCAUGGUGAAUGCAUGAGUGCUUGUUGUUACCCAAAAAAUGAAUUGGGACACCAAUCCAAUGUGGAAGUGUUGCAACUGUGUGUAUUUCUCAUGAGAAAUUUUUGUAAAGUCUGAACAAUGUUGUGUUUACUUGAUGAUGUUACGGCUCAUGGUGAAUGCAUGGGUGCUUGUUGUUGCCCAAAAAUGGGAUGUUGAAUAAAAGGAUGCUGCUUUGUUUA